GCGUGUUUGUCUCUCUGCACUUGUGUUUAUUCUGUGUUUGUGUCUCAGGCUCACUGGUGGGCGGUUCUGCUUAUGGGAAUUGCUCUCAUCAUGCUCAUGGCCGGAUUCAUUAAGAUCUGCAGCGUUCACACGCCCAGCAGCAACCCCAAACUGCCUCCUCCUAAACCACUGCCAGGUACGCUGAAGAGACGACGAGCUCAACACGCCAGUCAGCAGCAGCACCAUCAGCACCACAACCAGAACCAGAACCAGCACGCUCACGGCCACCAGAACCAGCGGCCGGCUCCACGCCAGGCCCAGCGCCAGCCGCAGCCGCAGCCGCAGCGCCACCACCGGCAGCCCCGCGAGAACUACCAGAUGGGUCAGAUGAGACGCUGAGAGCCGCCGCCGCUGCCUCAUCCACAGCUCCGCCAUCCCCCCUCCACACCCCACUCCGUUUGCUCCAGAACCGGCCUGCACUCCAGAGCGUUUCGUUCAGUCUGAGCGUGGAGCGGGGCUUCACUCAUCACCACCACAGUCCCGCGUGCGGCGUCGGUUUACAGGAAUAUGUCCAGAGUCCAUAAUGCUUCCUCAGACUGGAUGAGUAACACCAACUCGCAGCUCUGCCCUUCACUCUGUCGUCUUUGAUUAUUUCUGUUGGUUUUUUACCCUCGAGUGCCAAGGUUUACCGGGGUAUUUGUAGAUAGAGCAUCUCCUGUUGUCCUUCGUAAACUCCACUCGAGACUCGUGGUUUGAUAUGAAACAUCUUUUUAAGGAUUCGUGCGAAGCGUCUGCUCCAGCUGUCGCCACAUGCACAGAAAAGGAUUUUAUUUUGUAAGAGCAGAAAUGUUACGCCUUCCCUUUUCCGCAGGCUCGCGGCUGUAUAGAGAAACGAUAUUAGCUGUAUUAUAUGUGAGAACAGAUUAUUUCUUCUACUGUCAAUAAGAGAUUUACAGUUGGUUUUGUUGACAACACUCAGGACUCAAAAACACUAACGAAGGUGGCGGCUCAGCGUCACUCCGCCGUUUACAUGCUUCAUUCUGUGUGCGUUUGUGUUUGUUUGUAUAUAGCUCCACACCUUUAUGGCAAGCCCAUUCAACAUUUAAUCUUCAAACUUCUUGAGCUACUAGUGCUUAUUAUUGAGGUACUAGUAACUUUUUAAAGGUACUAAUUCUUAUUCAUUAGAUAACUAGUACUUAUUCGUUAAAUACUAGUAUGUUUUCCAUUAGGUUCUAGUACUCCUUCAUUAGCUGCUAGUGCUUAUUCUUUAGGUACUAGGUCUCAUUAUUUAGGAAGUAGUAACUUUUUAUAGAUACUAGUACUUAUUUUAAUAGAGACUAGUAACUGUUCUAUUGUUGUAGCAACGCAUUUAAUUUUUUGCAACUUCUGUUAUUCAGAUAUUUACUAUUCAGUUUUGACUAGUAAUAAUUCCAAUAGUGACUAGUAUGUUUUUAAAUAAUACUAGUAAGCAUUCAAUUAGAAAUUAGUACUUGUUUAUUAAAUACUAUCACUUUCAUUAGAUACUAGUAUAUAUUUAUUAGACUCCUGUAGUUAUUCGUUAGGCACUAGUUUUAGGUACUUCUUUUUUAGACACUAGUGUCUUUUGUUAUUGUUACUAGUAGCAAUUCUUAUUUUACUAGUCACACUUGUUGUUUUUUUUUCUCUUCUUAUGUUAUUACUAGUCAAAAUGGAAAAUAUUUAUAGUAAAAUGAAAAAUUUUACCAGAAACACUUGGAAUAAGUAAUAGUAUGUAAUAGGUGUAUAGGAAUGAAUAGGUACUCUUAUCUUUUAAAAAAGGUACUAGUAGCUAAAGAUAAGCACUAGUAGCUUAUGAAUAAGUACUAGCAGUAUGAAAGUUAAUGCUAGUAUGUUAUUAGGAUUAAAUGUUAAAGCGGCUUGCCAUACACUCACAUUCACCACACUCCACCAAUGAGGAACGUGUGCAUGAAGAGCAGCGCAAACGUGAGUUUAAUGUGUUUUAGCAGGACGAUCAUGAAGAAACUUUUAUAAACGUACGAUGGUUUCAGAAGACUGAAGUAACUGAGCAUCAUGGGAAAAAGCGUUCGGCUCCCAGUGAAGAGGAUUCUCUCGGUACUAACGGUCACAUUAACAUGUUUAGUUUACACACCUUCAUCAUCAUGAUGCCGGAGAUAGACUGGCCUCGUCACGUCUGACUGUCCACUUCCUCUCAUGUGAACUCUGUACAGUAACUGGAGGAUUUCUGUUCGAUUUGAAGCUACAUUUUGAUACUGUUCUUUUGUGUUUGUGGAGUCCAGACCGACUCUUCUUUACCGUACUGCCAUCAGUGAGGAAGAAACCUGGUUCGGUGGUUUUGCGGCGGUCUGGAUCGAGGGAGAUCUGAAUAUUUGCCUGUAUUUUGACUUUAUUUCGUUUUUACGUAGUCUUGGUGAAACUUCAUAGAGGAAAAGUGCACUGAAAAAAAAAACGUCUUAAUUGAGUCCAGAUGUUGUAGGAGAAAAAAGGCUGAACACUAAAAUUGAGAAACGAAUGAAAGACCAGAUUUAAAAAAAGAUUAAUACUGCUGUCUGUUAAUGUUCACUGUGUUUUAUACAGUACCUAAAUUUUUGUUCACUUUGAACAUUUUUACGUAACAUUUCAGAACGUAUUGUGCAAAGAGAUGUAAUUUUUUUGGAGUACUUGAACUGCAUUAAUAAACAGACUGGGUUGAAGCGCUGCUGUUAGCGUUCUGAUGUUUGAUCCGGCAGCGUGUGAACUCCUGCUGCUCCGAGAUCCUGAGACGAGAGCCUCCAGUGGACACGCCGCAGAACCACGUCCUGAACAGAGAGAUGAGGAAACAUACCCUUCUUACAAAUCAGUGUGACCCUGGACCACAAAACCAGUCAUAA